AUGAUAUGCAAACAAACCGAGUUCAAAGAUAGUUGCUUCAACGCGGUUGAUGAGGUGGCGAAAAACUCCUCAGCUACCCCUCAAGAUUACAUCAUUGCGAUCAUUCGCACUACGGCGGAUGAACUUAAUAAGUCUCUUGAGAAGGCCACUGCGGCCAAGAAAGUUUGUACGAACCAAACCAAGGCUCAGCUCGAAACGUGUGAGAAAAUGAUUGGUUAUGCGACCGAUGAGCUCAAACAGGUGCUUAAAGUUAUUGCCCAGACGAAAGCAACCACGCUAUCACAACAAGUAGACCCGCUGCUAGUCUGGCUGACUGUGGUUCGUUCGUACCAGACAACAUGUGUGGACGAGAUCCAAGACAAGAAAAUGAAAGCUGAUAUGCAAGAAGCGUUGCAAACAUCCAAUGAGUUAACUUAUAACGCACAAAAGAUUGUGUACAACGUGCACAACGUUCUUAAGGAUGCUGGAGUCAGUUUGGAUGCGUUUAAACUCCCUCCUAUCGAAAACCGGAAGCUUCUUGCGGAGCUGGACGAGAUUGACCGCAAUGGUUUCCCAUCAUGGGUACCGAAAAACGACCGGAAGCUUCUACAAGCCACGCCUGAUAACGAAGCGUUGUUCAAAACCCGAACCCCACCACCAGUUCCAGCAAAUCCGACACCCGACGCGUUGUAG